AUGGCGUCUGCCGCGGGAGAAGCAGAGGCUGCUGCAGCGAGCACGCGCCGCUCAGACGACGACAACGACGACCGUGGCCCAUCACCAUCACCAUCACGAUCGCCGACUCGAUCCUUGUCACGAUCUCCAUUGCCUGCCGGCCCCCGUGACUCGCCGAGCCCUCGUCGCGAACGUUCUUUAUCGAAAGAUUCCCGCCAUGAUCGCGACGACCGUAUCGAUCGUGAUGACCGCAGCAUCACCCGCGACCGAUCCUUAACAAGAUCCCCAGCUCCCCGAUCACCACCGCCACCACGGCGCUCGCCCGACCCUCGCGAUCGCUCUCCCACCCCUCCCUCUCGUGACCGGUCCCCAGCUCGGUCCCCAGCCGGUCGACGGGGUCCUCCUUCAGCUCCCGCACGCCGCGAUGCCGAUCGAUACCGACCCGCAGCAAAGCAGGAACCCGCGCCGCCACCAGCACCACCACCCGUGAAGACGGAAGAGGAAAAGCUCGCCGAUGCGCGCGCCGAGUACCAGAAGCUGCUGAACCUGCGCAGCCAGGGCGUGUACCUGCCGCCGCAGAAACUGCGGGCGCUGCAAGCGGCCAUCACGGACAAGACGACCAAGGAAUACCAGCGCAUGGCCUGGGACGCGCUCAAGAAGUCCAUCAACGGUCUCGUCAACAAGGUCAACACGGCCAACAUCAAGUUUGUGGUGCCCGAGCUGUUUGGCGAGAACCUGAUUCGCGGCCGUGGGCUGUUCUGCCAGAGCUUGCUCAAGGCCCAGCAUGCCAGUUUGCCGUUCACGCCCAUCUACGCGUGCUUGGCGGCCAUUUGCAACACCAAGCUGCCCCAGGUUGGCGAGUUGUUGGUCAAGAGGCUGGUGAUGCGGUUUCGCAAGGCGUUCAAGCGGAACGAUAAGGCGGUGUGCCUGUCGUCGACUAUGUUUAUUGCGCACUUGGUGAACACCCAGGUCGUGCAUGAGACGCUGGCCGCGCAGAUUCUGCUUCUGCUGCUCAAGAAACCGACGGAUGACAGCGUUGAGAUUGCGGUGGGCCUGAUGCGCGAAGUCGGUUUGUUUUUGGAGGAGAUGUCGCCGAGGAUUACCAAUGUGGUGUUUGAUCAGUUUCGCAACAUCUUGCACGAGGCGGACAUUGACCGCCGCACGCAGUACAUGAUUGAGGUCCUGUUCCAGGUGCGCAAGGACAAGUACAAGGACAACCCGGCCGUCAAGGAGGAGCUGGAUCUGGUGGAGGAGGAGGAUCAAAUCACGCACCGCGUCAGUUUGGAUGGCGAGGACAUCAACACGCAGGACAGCCUCAACAUCUUCAAGUACGACCCAGACUGGGAAAACAACGAGGCGGAAUAUAAGCGGCUGAAGGCCGAGAUCCUGGGUGAGGGGAGCGAUGACGAGGAUGACGAGGAUGAGUCGGAGAGCGAGUCAGAGGCGGAGGACGAGGAGCAGAAGGCGAUCGAAAUCAAGGACCAGAGCAACGCGGACCUCGUCAACCUGCGCCGAACCAUCUACCUCACGAUCCAGUCGAGUGCCGACCCGGAGGAAGCGGCGCACAAGCUGAUGAAGCUACGGCUGCCCGCGGGCCAGGAACCCGAGUUGGUGUCCAUGAUUGUCGAGUCGUGCGCGCAGGAGAAGGUGUACCUUAAAUUCAUGGGUCUGCUGGGCGAGCGGUUUGCGCGGCUGAACCGGAUGUGGACGGACCUGUUUGAGGAGUCGUUCACCAAGUACUACUCGACGAUCCACCGCUACGAGACCAACAAGCUGCGCAACAUUGCGCGCUUCUUCGGCCACCUGCUCGCAUCCGACUCGAUCGGCUGGCACGUCUUCUCAGCCAUCCACCUGACCCCGGACGACACCACAGCCGCCAGCCGCAUCUUCAUCAGCAUCCUCUUCGAGGACCUCCAGGAGAACAUGGGCACCGCCAAGCUCAAGGCCCGCAUGGCCGACGACGCCCUGCAGCCCAGCUUCCAGGGCAUCUUUCCCCACGACAACCCGCGCGACCUGCGCUUCGCCAUCAACUACUUCACCGCCAUCAAGAUGGGCUACCUCACCGACGAGAUGCGCACCUUCCUCGCCAACAUGCCCAAGCCCGCUCUGCCCGCUGCUACUGGCGGUGCUAAUGAUGACGACCGCUCUGACGCUGAGUCCGUGUCUAGCUACUCGUCGUACUCCUCUUACUCAUCCCGAUCUCGGUCCCGCUCGCGGACUCCCCGCCGGGCUAUCGACCGCGGCCGGUCUGUUUCACGCACCCCGCCUCGUAGGGGAAGAGCCGGCGGCGGUGGUGGCCGCGACGACAGGUCGUACUCCCGCAGUCGCAGCUACACGCGCUCGGUAUCCACCCGCGGCCGCUCGCUCACCCGCUCUCUUUCCCGCUCACCUCGGCGCGGUGGUGGCCAUGAACAUGGUCACGGUCGUGCUCGUAGCGUGAGCCGGACUCCAAGCAGAAGCAGAAGCAGAAGCAGGACCAGAGCCAGACCCCCCCCUCAACGACGAAGCUACUCCCGCUCUAUCACCCGCUCUCUGUCACCUUCCCACUCACCUUCCCGGUCCCGGUCCCGGACGAGAUCACGCUCCCCACUACCCCUGCGCCGGAAACGGCCCGCAGAUUCCCCUUCCCGGAGUAGGUCGCCACGCCGGUGGUCAAGAUCCCGGUCCAGGUCGGCCUUGCCUCCUACCACUGCUGCUGGCUCAACGAGCGGGAAACGGCCCCGGGCCGGCGGUGCUCGUGGUGGUGCGGGGGAUGAUGAUGAUCAAGAGGAAGAGGGUGCGUACUCACCUGGUCCGCCGCCAGCCAGGAGACAGAGACGGUUCACGAGGAGUCGGAGUCGCAGUUGGGAUCGGGGCCUGGAUACUCGUCGUGAUUCACGAUCACCGUCGAGGGAUAGAGAUAGGACACCACCACCACAAUCCCGCGGUAGCGGUGGUGGUGCAGCAGGUGGAUCAGCCAGAGGAAGUUCAGGCCGAGACCACCAGGCGGGCUACAGAGAUAGAAACGACGGGUAUCAGCAGCGGUUGGGCGGGGGGAGACGGAUCGGGAGGAGUCGGUCACGGUCGCCUGGGCCGGGACCGGUAGAUGGUGGCGGAAGAGAUGCGGCGGGGAGUGCUGGAGGGAAGAGGAGGAGAAGGUUUAGUAGUGGUGAGAGGUCGAGGUCGCCGGUGGGGUAUGCUAAGCGGGGGAGGGUUGAUGGUGGUGGACGGCGUUGA